CGAGGCGCCCCAGCUCCUUCCCUGCCGCCCCAGGCCCGCGUGGAGCGCAUGGAGCAGUUCCAGAAGGAGAAGGAGGAGCUGGAUAAAGGCUGCCGCGAGUGCAAGCGCAAGCUGGCCGAGUGCCAGAGGAAGCUGAAGGAGCUGGAAGUCGCCGAGCCGGAGAGUGGGAAAGGGGAGCUGGAGAAGCUCCAGGCCGAGGCCCAGCAGCUGAGGAACGAGGAGAAAAGUUGGGAGAACAAGCUGGAGGAGCUGAGGAAGAAGGAGAAGAACAUGCCCUGGAACGUGGACACGCUCAGCAAGGAUGGCUUCAGCAAGAGUGUUUUCAACGUGAAAGCCAAGGAGAAGGAGGAGACGGAGGAGCAGAAGGAGAAGAAACACAAAACCUUCGUGGAGCGAUACGAGAAGCAGAUUAAACACUUUGGGAUGCUGAGGCGCUGGGACGACAGCCAGAAGUACCUGUCAGACAACCCUCACCUGGUGUGCGAGGAGACAGCCAACUACCUGGUCAUCUGGUGCAUCGACCUGGAGGUGGAGGAGAAACACGCGCUGAUGGAGCAGGUGGCCCACCAGACCAUCGUCAUGCAGUUCAUCCUGGAGCUGGCCAAGAGCCUCAAGGUGGAUCCCAGGGCUUGCUUCCGGCAGUUUUUCACCAAAAUUAAGGUAAAAAUCCCCCCUGGACUCCCCAAAAUCCCUCCCUGA